AUGUCCCAGUCUAAAGGGCUUGAAGAAAACGCUUCAUCCUACUUGUCAUGUAGGGCCUCAGAUGGGUCCGCUAACAGAGUGAACGUUUUGCCUCUGCUGGAGGGUGAAAGUCGCUGUCUGGAUAAUCAGGGCCUGUCACCAGUCACCAAGAACAAUGGACUACUCAAUAUCACCUUUAAAUAUGACAAUUGUACUCCGUAUCUGAAUUCGGUGGGAAAGCACGUGAUUGGAGAUGUGCAGAAUAUAACAAUCAGUCAGUAUUCAUGUUAUGAACAGGUUGCAGUGACGAUACUUUGGACAGCAAAUACCAUUGGGAUUGAAUACCUAAAAGGAUUUCGAGUAAUACUUGAGGAAUUAAAAUCAGAGGGAAGACAAUGUCAGCAGAUGGUUUUAAAGGAUCCAAAGCAACUCAGCUCCAGUUUUAAAAAAACAGGAAUGGAAUCUCAGCCUUUCAUAAAUCUGAAGUUUGAAACGGAUUAUUUUGUAAAGAUUGUUCCUUUUCCUUCCAUUAAAAACGAAAGUAAUUAUCACCCAUUUUUCUUCCGAACUCGACCAUGUGAAUUGUUGCUACAGCCAGAAAACCUCGUCUGCAAACCUUACUGGAAGCCAAGGAAUCUGAAUGUGACCCAGCAAGGCUUUAACAUGCAAGUGUCUUUUGAUCAUGCACCGCACAACUUUGGGUUUAGAUAUUACUUUCUUCACUACAAACUUAAGCAUGAAGGACCGUUUAAGCAGAAGACCUGCAAACAGGAGCAGAACACAGACACUACAAGUUGCGUUCUUCAGAAUGUAUCUCCAGGGGAUUAUAUAAUUGAGCUGGUGGAUGACACUAACACAACAAGGAAAACAAUGCAUUAUGCACUAAAACCAGUACACUCUCCGUGGGCUGGACCAAUAAGAGCUAUUGCCAUUACAGUCCCCUUAGUCGUCAUUUCAGCAUUUGCAACGCUUUUCACAGUGAUGUGCCGCAAGAAACAGCAAGAAAAUAUAUAUUCUCAUCUAGAUGAGGAGAGCUCAGAAUCUUCAGCAUAUGCUGCAGUGCUCCACGUGGAAAGACUUCGUCCCCGGCCAAAAGUGUUCAUCUGCUAUUCCAGUAAAGAUUGCCAGAAACACAUUAACGUCAUCCAAUGCUUUGCUUAUUUUCUUCAGGACUUUUGUGGCUGUGAGGUGGCUCUAGAUUUAUGGGAAGAUCUAAAAAUUUGUAAGGAAGGGCAGAAAGAGUGGCUUAUUAAAAAAAUGAAUGAGUCCGAAUUUAUCAUCACUGUAUGUUCCAAGGGAAUGAAAUACUUUGUUGAAAAAAAGAACUGGAAACCCAGAGGGGUAACCAGAGAUGCAGGGAGAGGAGAACUCUUUCUGUUUGCUGUGUCAACUGUUGCAGAGAAGCUUCGUCAGGCAAAGCAGAAUUCAAAUGACCUCGGCAAGUUCAUUGCAGUCUACUUUGAUUACUCCUGUGAAGGAGACAUCCCUGGUAUUCUGGAUCUAAGUACAAAAUACAAACUCAUGGAUAAUCUUCCUCAGCUUUAUUCCCAUUUACACUCCAGAGAUCUCAGCCUACAGGAUUCAGAGCUGUUUCCUGUGAACGUUAGUAAAAGGAAUUAUUUCAGAAGCAAAUCUGGACGAUCCCUUUAUGUUGCCAUUUGCAAUAUGCAUCAGUUCAUUGAUCAGGAACCAGACUGGUUUGAGAAACAAUUUAUUUCUUUUCCUCCAUCUCCUUUACAUUACUCGGAGCCUGUCAUGGAAAAAUUUGACUCAGGCUUGGUUUUAAAUGACUUAGUGAGUAAACAGAUGACGGAUGCUGAUUUUUACCUGAAAACAGAUGGAAAUGUUAUUUCGGUUGCAAAUGCAGACUCCCAUUGUAUAAUUCAGCACUUAAACCUUGGAGAAGAUAUAGAAACUCAGGACAUUCAAGGCGGCCGUUCUGUUCUUCAGCCGUUGUUACAUGUUGUUAAAGCUUCCAAUCUUACAGAUAUGCCUCGAGAUUCUGGAAUCUAUGAUUCGUCUGUUCCUUCAUCUGAAUUAUCUUUACCUUUAAUGGAAGGACUGUUGACAGAUCAAAUUGAAACAUCUUCCAUUACAGGAAGCGUUUCUUCAUCAUCAGGUUUAGGGGAAGAAGAACCUCCUGUAAUCACUGCCACAAAGUUCCUAGUGCCUGGAAUAUAUAAAGCAGAACUUCAUUGCCAUAUCCAUACUGACGAACUGCAGGCAAUUGCACCUUUGUAAUACGUUACAACAUUGUUAUGCAUUGCCACUUUAUCAACAGCCUCUGUUUGUGCUUUAACUACCACACUAUCCCAGCACUAAACCUGCUUGAAGGAACAAAGAUUCCCUGAAGACCUGCUAUUCCUAAGGGAUUUUUAUAGCCAGUAAACUUGAACCUGUCAGUCGUUAUUAUAUCAAGUCUUACAUGAUUUGAAAAAUGCAGCGUGGAAAAAUAGAUGAAAAUACACUUCAAAAUCAUUCCUAUUUCUAACUUACAUUUCAUGAUCAUAUUACACUGUUUACAGAUGCCAUAAUCAAAAAUCACUUUUUUUCCCUAGAAAUAAUCUUGCAUUUGGACAGAAAAUUGCUUGGACCUUUAAGUCUUAGUAAAUUUUAUUGUCCGGGCUCUUGUUUUAAGUGCUGACGUACUUGAUGACAGGAUUAUUUUAGUGAAUGAGCAGCAGGGUUUUUUUCAGAAUCAACAUAAAAUGCCAAAGGUGAGAUCACGUGAUUCUCCAAAGGAGAAUUCCAGUUCUUUUAGAAAUAUUUGAGCUCCUUUCCUCACACUCUUCUCUCCCUUUCCUAAAUGGUAAUGUGUCUCAGACUUCAAUUUCAAAUAAGAGCAUGUCUCCCACUUCAGUAUGAUUCUCCUUUCUUUCUCCAUAAUCUGGCUAUGAUGGCUCACAAAUAAUAACAUACUGAGCCUGAAAGUAUCAUUUUUACAAUCGAAAAAAAUUCCUAUAUAUGCUGACUGAGUGAUACCAUGGAAACUUAGCUUCCUGUUUUCUUCCUGGAAGGGUUGAUAUGAAGAAUAUGUCAAAGAGAUGGGGGAAGGGAAACCAAAUUUUGUAUUUGUUCAGGGCAUCGUUCUGUCUUUGUUCAGCCAUGAGAGGAGCGUGCUGUGUGGGGAAUUUCUGUUAUCCUUCAAGAACAUGCUGCUACAAAUUCAUCUGGGGUAAAACAAGUUAAGACAAGCAGUUAACUUACAUAAGUACUUUAGUUCAUGUUGAUCAACCACUAAACAGAAGCCUAUGAGUUAUUUUGAAGUCCCCAGUACUUACCAUUACUUAGUGAUUAAGAUGGUAUAAUAUUACUAGUGUUAUGUUAACAAA